CCGCUUUGGCUCAUCCUCGUAAGUGCUUUAGCGUGCUGGAAGACCCAGGCAUCACUCCAGCCUCAUCAGCCUAGAGGAAGGCACCACCACUUCCAGACGAUGUCAUGUGAACUCAAGAUCUUUCAUACAUGAACAAUCGCUUUAUUCAGACCGAGAAAAGAACAUUGAGACCAGGUGAGACGUCGAGAUCUGAGAUGAUAGCCUGCGACUCACUGUUCUGAACGAAAAAGUCUUUUCGGGCUGCACAAACUCGUCACAGCUCCUGCCUCAUCAAGUCUUGAGUCACAGCGACUGUUACUUCCUCCACAAAGUGUAACACGUGGAUGCCUGUUUCAAAAGUCCAAAGCACCCGUGACUGUUCAAUCUGAUGCAACUCCAUUCAGCUCCAUUUUCAAGCCUAUUCAACUCAUUCAACUCCUUCAACUCAUUCAACCUCAUUCAUCUGAUUCAUCGACCUCUAUAGAGACCUUUCCAACACUUUCUCUUACACCUCACCUCGACUUCUCUCUCAACAAGACUCUCUAUUUAAGACUUCCACCUCCACCUCCACCUCCACCCGAGCAUCCUUGAGACAUCAUCCUCAUCCUCAUCCUCCAAGCCCAGUGUGAGGCUUUCCUAACUAUCCCUGGCUCCAAGAUCUUAUCUCAUUCGAGAGGUAAUGCCGCUGCUGUGAGCCUCAAGUUGAGCAAUCUCCCUCAUCACCAUAGCGUCCUUUCCUCUUGUCCCCUUCGUCAACAAAACAUCGUAUCAACCUAACUCACACCCUCACUGCGCCGAACUAAAUAUCAUCGAUAACGGCCAAACAAACAUCUAUCGGCAUGGCGUCCGCCCCAAAGGGUGUCUCGAGCUACGCUCGACCUCGCAAGGAAUUACGAAAACAAGCCAAAGUCGUUCAAUUCUUCGAUCUGCCCGGAGAGAUUCGCAACAAAAUAUAUGGUAUGGUCGUUGGACAUGCCAGGGUCGAACUCUCAGCCAAUCAUCCCAACAAGCAACUGGCCAAAGCCCAGAUAUUGGAACCUCAUGCCAAACACAAACGACCCAGAAGUCGUCUUUUGAAGCACUCCAAUCAACCUAGCCUCGGUCGAUCCAUGCUCUUCGUCUGUCGCCAGAUGCACCAUGAAGUCAUCCAACUCAUUUACCAAAUGACCACAUUCAAGUUCAACACUAUGAACGCCAUCCACAAGUUCAUCAACAUCUCUCCAUCCGCUGGCGUAUCGAGCAUCGCAAAUAUCCACGUAACCCAUACUGGCUAUGCGGAGCCUCGAUAUACCGACGACCGUCAAUGGAAAUUGAGGCAUGAUGCGAAAUGGAAUGCCACGUUGACCAAGAUCAAAGCAAGCAUGCCUGCCCUUCAAUACUUCAGCCUCAAAUACUCCUUCUUUGACUGGCCAUGUCCUCUGGAUAUAGAUGCUGACUGGGCAAAGCCCCUCAUCAAGUUUGCUGGAGACGGAAUCCAUCGCGUGGACCUCGUUGUCGAACAUGACAGAUACAGUGACGAAAAGAACAAGGAAGUCUCCCGAAAUCUGGAGAAGAGGAUGAUGACCACAAAUGGAUGGAGGGCAAAAAUCGCAAAUGUCAAGCGACAGGCUGAGAUGGAGAAGAAGAAGAAAGAGCGAAGGAAUCCCCCCAGGAUCUUGACAAUUCGACUACCUCUAUCAACGAGCACAGCAUCGCCCAAUGUGCCUCCCAAGAAAGUGGUCAGGAGCGUGGGUCUAGAGCAGUAUGCGAUCAAAGACCCUCCUUUCGUAAUUUGUCACUAGACGCUUCAAUGUGAUCAUUCCCCAGCUGAAGGACUCGCAUUGUCCAUCGACGCCGGAGCUGGUAGAGGGUCAUGGUAUUACAUCUCAAUCUGCUGGAUAUUACUAGUGGAGAUUGAGGAUAGACUUGGUUGAUCGAUCAUAGACACUGAUUGAUUCAGUGCUCGGAUCAAGCAUAGCUUAUUAGAGGAGUAUGCUUC